UACAGCUUUCACACAAACACACUCACACACACACCGAUCGAGAUACUGUCCGGAUGAAGACGUGGAUUUUUCUUUCUUUAGCAGCUCUGUCUGCACUGUGUGUGGCACAGCAGGACUGUGCUCGAGGCGCUUGUUACCCGCCGACAGGCGACCUGCUCCUGGGCCGAGAGCAGAACCUGCGCGCCUCCUCCACAUGCGGUCUGAUGGGGUCAGAGGUCGUCUGCGCACCACACGGACAGUGGAAGAUGAAGUGUUGUCCGUGUGACUCGCGGAACCCCGCGGCCUAUAACGCUCACACGAUCCAGAACGUGAUGUCCAGCGCCGGACCCAACCGAUGGUGGCAGUCCAAGAAAGAUGUGAGUCCGGUGACACUACAGCUGGAUUUAAAUGGGAUUUAUCACCUGGAAACGGUCCUACUAUCGUUCAAGGGCCCGAGGCCUGACGCGUUGGUCAUCGAGAGGACCAGGGACUACGGCGGCUCCUGGGAGCCGGUCCUGUACAUGGCCACCGACUGCCCCUCCACCUUCCCUCAGGUGAGCACGUCGUUCCCGGGACGCCUGCAGGACACCUACUGCUACACACUGCCCUCCACCGCAGACCAGCCCUACAGGGACCAGAAGGUUCACUUUUAUCCUCUCCAUCAGUUCUCAAACAUCGAUCUACCGAACGAAUACAAAAUUGAAGUGGCGUCGGGCUUCACGGGUCUGCGGGUCAAUCUGACCCGGUUGGGUCCGGUUCCCAGUUUGCCGGGCCGAGGCCUGAGUCAGUUCUACGCCCUGCGGGAGAUGAAGGUCAUGGGAUCCUGUUUCUGCCACGGACACACAGAGCGGUGCAGAAGCCAGACCAACACACAGGUUGGAGGUGUGUGUGACUGUCAGCACAACACGGCUGGUGUGAACUGUGAGCGGUGUGACGACUUCUACAACGACCUUCCCUGGAGACCCGCGGAGAGCGGAAACACACACACCUGCAAACGUUGUGACUGUAAUAAUCACUCUGAUCGCUGUCACUUCGACCCGCGGCGUUACGAGGAGACGGGCCGGCGCUCUGGGGGAGUGUGUGACGGAUGUUCUCAUCACACAACGGGACCCAACUGUGAACGCUGCGAGCAAAACUACUACCCGAACCCUCUGAGUGACAUGAGGAGCCCCGACGCCUGCCUGCGUUGUCUGUGUGACCCCGCGGGCUCCGAGAACGGGGGUCAGUGUGACGCGACGGGAGUGUGUGUGUGUAAAGCUAACGUGGAGGGCGACCGCUGCGACCGCUGUAAAGACGGACACUACAACCUCGACGCCAACAACCCUCGCGGCUGCUCCAAGUGCUCCUGCAGUUCUGUUGGGUCGGUCAGCGGUGCGUGUAACCAGCUGACGGGUCAGUGUGUGUGUCGCGCUAACACUGAGGGUUUAGCGUGUGACCGUUGUGCUGCUGGUUACUGGAACCCGUCGUCGCCCAACGGUUGUCAGCCAUGUGACUGUGACCGCAACAACGCCCGCAGCGCCACCUGUGACCAGCGCACGGGUCAGUGUGUGUGUCGUCCUGGCAUCGGGGGCCGGACUUGCAGCGGUUGCCCUGACAACACGUAUGGAGAUCCACUGAUUGGCUGCAGACCGUGUGACUGCGAGUUUUCAGGCACAGAGCCGGGCGGCUGCGAUAAACGCACAGGCUUGUGCCGUUGUAAAUCAGGCAUUACCGGCCCUCGCUGUGACGUCUGCGCCCGCGGCUAUUGCGCCAGUUUCCCAGAAUGCCCGGCGUGCCCGUCCUGCUUCUUCAGCAUGAACACCGACCUGCAGGAGCUCACGCUCGGUCUGGAGCGUCUCUCCAACUCCCUGCUGUCCUCUGGUGGACGACCGACGUCUAGCGACUCGAGCCGCAGGAUCCAGACGCUCCAGGACACACUCGCUCUGAUCCAGGAGUCCGUGUCUGUUCCCCCGCAGUCCAGCCGCGCCCUGACCGAAGCCCUGCAGAGACUCAACACGCUCCGGUCUCAGAUGGAGGGCUUGAGAGUGGAUCUGCCGUCUGCGCCUCGGGGCCGAGAGCUGGAGCGAGAGCUUGACGAGCUGCAGUCGCUCCUGUCGUCUCUGAGUCUCCAGUACUUCAGCCGCAGAGACACCUUCACCAGCACCACCGGAUCCACCAACGCCAGUGACUUCUACGCCAUUCAGAAGUCGUAUAAUAAUUCGACUGACGCCGUCAAGCGAGCCGACGCCACCAUAGACACCCUGAAGAAGACCGAGGGCGUGCGAGAAAACGCCCUGAGUGGCCUGGACGCCCUGCAGCCCGGAAACACCAAAGACCUGCAGAACCUGAAGACGGACCUGGAGACGCGGCCCAAUCUGACUCCCGCCGCCACCAAGGUUUGUGGCAGUGAUCGCGUGGAGCCCUGCACUCCGGAGCGCUGCGCAGGCGACCUGUGUCCUCCGGACGGAGCGCCCCCUUGUGGAGCGGAGGACGCAUGCACAGGAGCACUGCCCAAUGCCAACAAGGCCUUUCAGGACGCCGACGAGGUCAAGGCCAAACUGCAGGAUCUCAACGACAAGAUCACUCAAGCAGCGGAGCAGAUACAGGAAGCUGAAGAUUCGGCCAAUAGGGUGCGACUGUCCACUGACAAGCUGGCCGAUCAGAUCAAGCAGGUGCGAGCCGACGUGGACGGAGACCUGAAAGACACCAAAGACUUCAUCAACACACUGAGGGACUUCCUGUCAGAGCCUCACUCAGACCCGGAGCAGGUCCAGCGAGUGUGUGAGGCGGUUCUGGAGGCCCGGCUGCCUAUGAGUCUGGAUCAGCUGAAGCAGAAGCUGAAGGAUCUGCAGGAUCUGAUGGUCUCAGUGCCCGACAGCAGCAGCGUCCUGACGACUAGCGGCCCGCAGCUGGAGAACGCCAGACGCCUGCUGGACGCCGCCCGCGACACACGAGACGCAGCGUUUGGCAUCCAGCAGGACGGCGAGAGUCUUCUGAAAACGAUGAAUGAAAACGAGAACAUUUUCGAUGACCUAGAGGACAAAAUCCGGCAGAGCGUUGACAUCGCCAACGACGUUAAGAAAGACGUAGAGCGGAUAGAGGACCUGCUGGUUCCCGCUGAGCAGGGGAUUGUGGGUAUUUCAGGGCUGAUGGAUGAGAUUCGCCCCCUGGUGGACACGCUGAGGAACGAUGCGGCGACAGGGACAGCGCUGGCGAACGAAGCUCAAGAUCAGGCUAACUCAGCUGAAGACGAGGCCGACCGGGCCGCACAGGCCCUGGAGGCUUUAAAAGACGAGUUCGAGCGGAUGAAACGAGCCGCGGCUGAAAACACUCAGGCUGGGGAAGAUGGUGCUCGUUUACUAAAGCUACAGGAGGAGGCGGAGUCUCUGAUGACAGACACCUCUGACAUCAUGAAGGCUCUGAUAGAUAAAGAGGCGUCCAUACGGCAGCGAGCGACAGAGAUGGAGGAGAACGGCUCGCGGUUGACCGGUCUGGACGCUCAGGUGGAGAAACUCCGUGACGAUAUCCGCUAUAAAGUCACCAGCCUGAACAUGUGCCAGGGCUGAUGACACACACACACUCACACAACACUGAUGACACACACAAUAGUAACACUAAUAAUGACACACAACUAACACACAUCACUUACACGGUGUCUCCAUAAAGGUUUUGUGAGCUGCAAUGUCUACAGUGGACAACUAGCAUACUAAAUAGUGCUUACUAACAUGAGUAUGUUUUGAUGAAUAAAGCUAUGAACAAUU